AUGAAAAUGAGCUAUUUAUUGCAAGUUCUUCUUCUUGGUGCUUUGAUCUUACACUCAAAAGCACAAACUAAAUGUUGUAAUGGCAUUUUGACGCCGGAAGAACGUCAAAAUUUUGUUGAUACGCAUAAUAAGUUGCGUUCAUCAUUAGCCAAAGGAAAUGAAAGGAACAAAAAUGGAAAUCUAAUGCCUAAAGCAUCAAAUAUGCUAAAAUUGAAUUACAGUUGUGUGUUGGAAAAGCAAGCGCAGAAAUGGGCUGAUAAUUGCCUUUUUAAGCAUGCAGAUACUGAAUAUGGUGAAAAUAUUUUCUCACUAACAACACCGAAACAAUUUCCGAUUUCUAAAAUAAAAGAAACCAUCGUUCAGCAGAGUUGUGAAUCGUGGUGGGGAGAGCUGAAAUCAGCUUACCCCGAUAAUCCGACCAAUAUUUUAACUUCUGAUUUAUUUGAUAAGGGUGUUGGGCAUUUCACUCAGGUUCGUAUGCUAAUCAUUGUAAAUGUUAAACUUACUAAUUACAUGUCAACAUGUAUUCAGUUUACUUAG